UGCGUCGCCGGCGAACCAUGAUCCGGAACGGGCACGGGGCUGUGGGCGCCGCGGACCCGCCGGAGUCAGCUGGCCGGCGCGCAGUACGAGUGUGGUGCGACGGCUGUUAUGAUAUGGUACAUUAUGGCCACUCAAACCAGCUGCGGCAGGCUCGGGCCAUGGGCGACUACCUCAUCGUGGGUGUGCACACAGACGAGGAGAUCUCCAAGCACAAGGGCCCACCCGUGUUCACCCAGGAGGAGAGGUACAAGAUGGUGCAGGCCAUCAAGUGGGUGGACGAAGUGGUACCCUCAGCCCCCUACGUCACCACUCUGGAGACACUGGACAAGUACAACUGUGACUUCUGCGUCCACGGCAAUGACAUCACACUGACGGUGGAUGGCCGAGACACCUACGAGGAGGUCAAGCAGGCCGGGCGGUACAGAGAGUGCAAGCGGACCCAGGGCGUUUCCACCACCGACCUCGUCGGCCGGAUGCUGCUGGUGACCAAGGCCCACCACAGCAGCCAGGAGAUGUUUUCUGAGUACCGGGAAUACGCAGAUAGCUUUGGCAAGCCCCCUCACCUGACACUCAUCUGGGAAACCCUGUCCUCAGAAGUCUGCCUGCAGUGUCCAGGCGGCCGGAACCCGUGGACAGGGGUGUCCCAGUUCCUGCAGACCUCCCAGAAGAUCAUCCAGUUUGCGUCUGGGAAGGAGCCGCAGCCCGGGGAGACCGUCAUCUACGUGGCUGGGGCCUUCGACCUCUUCCACAUCGGCCACGUGGACUUCCUGGAGAAAGUGCACGGGCUGGUGGGGCGGCCUUAUGUCAUCGCUGGCCUGCAUUUCGACCAGGAGGUCAACCACUACAAGGGGAAGAACUACCCCAUCAUGAACCUGCAUGAGCGGACCCUCAGCGUGCUGGCCUGCCGGUAUGUGUCCGAAGUGGUGAUUGGGGCCCCUUAUGCAGUCACUGCUGAGCUCCUGGACCACUUCAAGGUGGACCUGGUAUGUCAUGGCAAGACAGAGAUUGUGCCUGAUAAGGAUGGCUCAGACCCCUACCAGGAGCCCAAACAGAGGGGCAUCUUCUGCCAGGUGGACAGCGGCAGUGACCUGACCACCGACCUCAUUGUGCAGAGGAUCAUCAAGAACAGGCUGGAGUACGAAGCGCGGAACGAGAAGAAAGAGGCCAAGGAGCUGGCCUUCCUGGAGGCCGCACGCAGGCAGGAGAGGGACUGUGACCUCUGACCAUCAGGUUGCCGCCCCUGACCUGCUUCCUGUGGCUUAGAUCUACCUCCCCAGCCCCCUCCCGCACCAGCUCUGCAGCGCCCAGGGCAGUCUUCCUCACUUGCCUGCUCCCCGUGCUGUUGGAGGGCUGCUGCCUAGCUGAGUUGUGAACACAGGGAGUGGAAGCCCAAGUGGGAGCGGGCGCUUAGACCAAGUGCUGCUCCUGAAUCCGUGGAGGCCCAGCCCCUGCUCAGCUUGGUCCUCAGAGGCUCUGCAGGGCUGUUCCCACGAGACCGGUCUGUGCUGCACCACCCAUGUGUGUGUGUGGGGGGUGUUUGGAGCUCCAGCGAGUGGGAGGGGGUGCUCCAGGAAGAGCCGCCCCUCCUUUCCUGUGGGCCCACCCUGCCCCCUGCUUUCCUCCCGAGGCCCCACUGCUCUGGGACUGUCCCAUCCUGUGUUGUACCCACAUGCUGCUGUUGGUCUGUGGGGCAGCUGAAUAAACCAUGGGAAGCUCUGCCCCGA